UAGAUGUUGGACCAUGUCAGAAAUCUUGUCAAGAGCAUGGAGUGUUUCACACAGAGUGGAGAUAUGGCUUCUGAUUCUGGUAGCGUAUUUGCUCCAAAGAAAUGUGAACUCGGGACACAUGCCAACGAAAGCUGCGGACCCAGAAGCGUUCAUGAAUGUUAGCGAAAUCAUCAAACACAAGGGUUAUCCCAGUGAGGAGUAUGAAGUUGCAACAGAAGAUGGGUACAUCCUUUCUGUGAACAGAAUCCCUCGGGGACAGACACAAUUGAAGAAGGAAGGAUCCAGGCCAGUGGUGCUACUGCAGCAUGGCCUUCUUGGGGAUGCUAGCAACUGGAUUUCCAACCUGCCCAACAACAGCCUGGGUUUUAUUCUGGCUGAUGCUGGCUUUGAUGUGUGGAUGGGAAACAGCCGAGGAAACACCUGGUCCCGGAAGCAUAAGACCCUCUCCAUAGACCAAGAUGAGUUCUGGGCUUUCAGUUAUGAUGAAAUGGCUAGGUUUGACCUUCCAGCUGUGAUAAACUUUAUCUUACAGAAAACGGGCCAGAAAGAGAUCUAUUAUGUUGGCUAUUCCCAGGGCACCACCAUGGGCUUUAUUGCAUUCUCCACCAUGCCAGAGCUAGCUCAUAAGAUCAAAAUGUAUUUUGCCUUAGCCCCUAUAGCCACUGUUAAACAUGCAAAAAGUCCUGGUACCAAGUUUCUGCUGCUGCCAGAUAUGAUGAUCAAGGGAUUGUUUGGCAGACAAGAAUUUUUAUACCAGACUAGGUUUUUCAGACAGCUUUUUAUUUACCUUUGUGGCCAGAUGAUUCUCGACCAAAUCUGCAGUAACAUCAUCUUACUCCUGGGAGGUUUUAACACGAACAACAUGAACAUGAGCCGAGCAAAUGUGUAUGUUGCCCAUACACCUGCUGGAACAUCUGUGCAGAAUAUUCUCCAUUGGAGCCAGGCAGUAAAUUCCGGGGAACUUCGUGCCUUUGACUGGGGAAGUGAGACCAAAAAUCGGGAGAAAAGCAAUCAGCCAACUCCUAUAAGGUACAAAGUUCGAGAUAUGAUGGUCCCAACAGCCAUGUGGACUGGAGGGCAAGAUUGGCUUUCAAAUCCAGAUGACGUGAAAACGUUGCUUUCUGAAGUCACCAACCUCAUCUACCACAAGAACAUUCCUGAGUGGGCGCAUGUGGAUUUCAUCUGGGGGCUGGAUGCCCCUCACCGUGUGUACAAUGAAAUUAUACAUCUGAUGAAGCAGGAAACCAGUCUUCCCCAGGGAACCUGCAGGGUCAAAUUGUGACGCUCCUGAUGUUAGCAAGUCUUAGCACGACUUCAUGCAGAAUGGGCAGGGCCAUGGGAGGAUGGAUGCUCAAAGGAAUAUCCAGACUUGGAAACCUGCUGUAUCGGUUAGAAGGACAGAGGAGAUACACGGAUGUCAGAAGACCUGCGGGUCCAAAUGAAAGCUUCACAAUUCUCCAUUUGACACUAAAGCUGAUACUUACACUUUUUCCACUGGGUUAAACUAAGUUGGUGAACACAGGUUUUCUGUGAUUCGUAUCUUCUGGCACGGUGCAAUGUAGUUUUUAUUUACCAGCAGUCAUUAUUACAUCAUUCAAAAUUUACAAAGUAACUUUUGUUUUUGAAAGUCAAUUUUUAGAGCAUUAAAGGAAAUAAUUGGGGCAGAGAUCAAAAUUGUAAAUCUUUGGAUUGUUGACUUGAAUAAAAUGAAGUGGACCUUGCUGUCUUGUUGCUAUAGAGACAAGACACUGCUUCAGGAAGCUGGGCUGUUUGGGUAUCAAGAGAAAAAUGAAAUUACUGUGUAGGUGGAAUCUAACUAAACAAUCUUAAAACAGGAUCAAGUGUUAGAGCUGGAUCUCAAAGAAGAUUAUUUUGUAGUAUAUUUAUGAGUUUUCCAAUAAAUUAAUUAUGUAUUUCACAUACCA